CUGUGAUCCAUAGGAGCAUCUGGUGUGGUUGAUGUUGGCAGUGAUUGCUUACUGAGCUCGGCAUUGAUGUCAAGCCCGAGAUCGGGCUUGAUUUCAAACACGAAAUAGCAAGUCGGCACUGUUGAAGUCCAGAACGCCGAGCUUGUAUCAUCGCCAUGGAAUAUAUGUUUUCACAGGAAGCUAUAUAUAGCUGCCGCCAUAUCCCCCAGGUUUUGCUAUGAGUAUCAGAUCUAUCGACACACCAUUCUAUCGGUAUUGAAAUGGCCAACGUCAGAAAAGUUUCUAUUAUUGGAGCUACCGGCACUCUCGGUUCUCGCAUCUCUAGCGCAUUAAGAGCUGCUGGCCACGAGGUGACCGCUAUCCAGCGUAAGGACUCGAGCAAGUCCGCUCCAGAGGGCCUUAAAUCUAUCAAGGUCGAUUACCAAAACAAGGAGGAGUUGGUUUCAACUUUCACUGGACAGGAUGUCGUUAUUAGUGCUGUCCCUUUCCCUCUGCUCGACUCGGAAAAGAUCAUAAUCGAUGCCUGCAUUUCUGCAUCCGUCAAGCGUUUCAUCCCCUCCGAAUUCACCACCAUGCUCGAGUCCCCUCUAUCCAUCAAUCUACCAAUUGCCAAGGAGAAGGUUCUUAUUCGUCAGUACCUCACCUCCGUGAUGCCCAGUACCUCCAGCCCCACCACAUGGACCUCGGUCAAUAACGGUGCCUUCUUUGACAUGGCCCUUAAGUAUGGCGUCUUAGGCCCCAACCCUAUGGCCAAAAAAGCCAUCUUUCACGAUGGCGGUGACAAGCCGAUCGCCGUUUCGACCCUCUCUGAUAUCGCCACAGCGAUUGUCAAGCUGCUGGAGAGCCACAGCAACUUCGAGGCUGCCGCUAAUCAGCCCAUCUAUAUCUGCUCGGCUGCUGUCACAGAGCGCCAUCUGACUCAGCUUGUUUCUGAAGUCACUGGCAUUGACUUCGGUACUCCGGAAGAAGUGUCAGUGAAGGAGCUGAUCGCAAAGUCAGACGAGAAGUUGAAGCAGGGGGACAAGUCGGUAAUCAUCAACUACUACUUCCAGAUGAUGUACGGGGAAGGGUAUAAGGGUGGAGAUUUCAUGCAGUUCAACUGGAAUGAACGAUUGGGUCUGCGGAUUAUGUCUGAACAGGAGCUUAAGAGCGCCAUUCAGCAGAUCCUGGGUAACUAG